AUGGCGGCGGACGCGGGCGGUGGGCACAGGCCACGCCUGAGAUUGAGCCGCCGCCGAAGGCUUACGUCGGAGGACAGGCCCUCCAGUGGCCGCCCCUGGUUCCUGCAGGAGACUGGGAGCGGGAACACAGAGCCCUGGGCUGAGCUUCUGCGUACUCUGCGCCCAGACGUGGACCUGGCCGACACGCCCCCUCCGCUUCCGUCCUUCCCACAUCAGGAUCCCCAGCAGAGCCCUGAGCACAUGGUACCCUCUGAGAUCUUCACUGUUGGGGGCAAGGUCUUUUCCUGGACGCCCUUUCCACCGGCUCCACAGCACAGCCGCUCCUAUUGUCUGAACCGUGGGGCUGAAGGGUGCCCGGGUUCCCCCGUCCGGCCCCCAUUCCAAUGCUCUGAGCCCGAGCCCCAAGGGACCUCCAGCACCAAGGAGCCACAAUCCGUGGAGGAGAAGCCACCAUCUGUGGAGGAGACACCGACCCUCCGGUGCUGCCCCAUGUGUCAGGUGGAAUUCCAGCCAGGGCUAUCCCAGCUGGACAUUGAUGGCCACCUGGCCCAGUGCUUGGCAGAGAGCACAGAUGACAUCAUGUGGAGGAAGCCGGCUGGCGAGGAGCUCUGCCGGGCCAUUGUACAAAUCACACUGAUGUAUCUACAGCUGUGCCGUCACCAUCACCAGAGUCCCCGGGAACAACUUCAAAGGACCCGCGCUACAGCGUGA